GGUGUUUGAUUAGUGGGUUUUCCAAUAAUCCGCUAGAGAGGUCUAUCGUUUCUGCAUUUUUUUGUAUGUUCACUGAGGUUCCCCUAUGCCGAUGUUUUUCUCAAACCAAGCCUGUGUCCGCUGCCACAACUCAGAUGGGAGCACUUGACAUGAUUGACUCAGUAGUCGACGGUGGCGACACAUGGGCGAAUGUGCUCCGUCUUCACUCUUCAGCCAAAUGGGCAAGAAAAUGUCAGCCAGUGUCAAUUUCCAUAGAAACAAGGGGAGCCGGACAGGGUUGCUCUCACUGAGCAUUUUUAAUUUGGUUUCAAGGAAGAGUAAACCAUAACUUUCUUUCUGCAUUUUUUUUUCUGUCCCAAGGCGUAGAAUUUACCCCCCACAAAAAGUUUCUCAAUGGAACCAGCAAAUGCAACCUGAAACCAUCAAGGUGUAAAAGCAAAACAACAAACUCUUCCCAGCUACCUGUUGAUCUCAGGAUAAAAUAAAACUGAAUAUCGUGAUGACGAAGAUCUUCACCUAUGUGAAUUGUAACUUAAAAUGCAUUAAUUGCCUGUGUUGUAGUGUGUGUGAUUGUGUGUGUGUGUGUGUGUGUGUGUGUGUGUCUUUUUGUCAGUAAUGAAUGUGGGUCGGUCUGGGAACAAUGUGGCCCGUUGGUCGCCAUAGGGACCACUGCCCCCGCCUCUCUCCUCUGUGGGAGUGGGGAUGGCUGCUGGUUAGUCACUGUAUUGAAAUGAGGGGAGGCUAUUUCUUCUUUCCCCUUUUGUGCUCUGAGCGAUGCACCUUCUCAAAUCUUUGGAGAAUAAGUGGAGGUGCUGUGAAAGAAAUAAGAAAAAAAAGAAGGAAAAAUAACCGUCAUUUGCUGUAGAAAGUUGCAAGGAAAUGAGAAAUGUUUAUUGUGAUGAAUCCAAAAUUAGGAAGGGUGGAAUAUGUUUGAUGGAGAAGUCAAACUGAAUUUUUCUUUUUCUUAUCUUGGUGGUUUCCCCAAUGCCCUAGUGCUAUAGUGUCACUCACAGGCACAACAGCUUUUACAAGUAGCGACAUCAUGGUUGGACGCCACUAACUCGCCAUGGGGUUUGUUUCCAUAGUGACCCCCCCCUUAUCCCCCCCUCCUCUCCACAGUUGAAGAAUGGUUCUGUCACAGAAGAAAGGAAUAAGAAAGAAAACAAUGCACAUCGUUUACAAUCAUUUCUUGGAUACCAGAAAUCAAGGCGGCAUAAGCAGCCACAGACAGCAGAGGUCAUGACACCGACGGUGUAUCCUCACAUCUGCUGAAAAGCAACUUAUUUAGUUUAUUUAUGGAAGAGGCCAGUGAUGAUGAUACCCUCCUUUUAACUUGAAUCCUCCUCUAAACUUCUGCAUGCGUCGACUGUGCGUGGCCUCGUGGGCCGUGGCAGGGCUGGCAGCUGGGUGUGUCGGUGGCGUCCGGCGGGGGCUGUGGCAGCCUCAGAGAAUGAGUGUUUGGUGUGGAGAGGGCUCAGUGAUCAGCCACAGGGGUUGGAUGAUCGAUCCUAAGGUUGCGUUCCCUCGCAGAGCUCAGCCCAAGUUAGUGACUCGAACCAAGAAGAUCUUUGUGGGAGGCCUGUCCGUGAACACGACCAUCGAGGAUGUGAAACAAUACUUCGACCAGUUCGGGAAGGUCGACGAUGCCAUGCUCAUGUUCGACAAGACCACCAACAGACACAGAGGGUUCGGCUUUGUGACGUUUGAGAACGAGGAUGUGGUGGAAAAAGUCUGCGAAAUCCACUUCCACGAGAUCAACAACAAAAUGGUGGAAUGUAAGAAAGCUCAGCCCAAAGAGGUGAUGUCCCCCACGGGCUCAGCCAGGGGGCGCUCCCGUGUGAUGCCAUAUGGAAUGGACGCCUUCAUGCUGGGCAUUGGUAUGCUAGGUUAUCCAGGCUUCCAGACAGCCACCUACACCAGUCGGAGCUAUGCUGGCAUCGCUCCUGGAUACACCUACCAGUUCCCUGAGUUCCACUUAGAGAGGACUCCCCUUCUGACUUCACCCCACCCCCCUGAGCUCACAGCCAUUCCUCUGACCGCUUAUGGAUCCAUGGCAGCAGCAGCAGCAGCGGCAGUCGUUAGAGGCUCCAACCAGGCUCGCUCAGCUGGAUUUUUAGGUACGAACAGCCCGGGGUCGAUGGCGGACCUUUAUGGAACGGCCGGUCAGGAGUCGGCUGUCAGCAGCUACCUCAGUGCUGCAAGCCCCUCCCCAAACGCUGGAUUCGGCCACAGUUUGGGGGGCCCUUUGAUCGCCACGGCCUUCACCAACGGCUAUCACUGAGACUUGCAGAGAUGUAGACUGAGAGUUGGAAGGAGUUGAAGCUGCUUUGGAGCUGAUCUGGCCGGUCUCUGUCCAGUCCCCCUCUCUGGCUGGGGCAGCGCAACCUUCUCCUCUCCAGCUCUCCACCCUGGUAUCAGCCUCGACCCAGCCCACCCUAUUGACGCCUCACUUAACUCCCCCUCCUGAGAAAAAUAUAUGAAGAGAACGUUCAUGAAAGGAGCAAACAAGUUUAUGACUACAUGUAAUCGCAACACAUAAGAUGCUGUCUUUUUUUCUUUCUGUUUUUAUGUUUCACCAUGCUAUUUUUGUUGUUGUGAUGCCUGCGUUGUUUCUUUAUCUGUUUUGGCUGUGUGUUAUUGGUUUUUUGACCUCUGAAUCUGAUCUUGAUUGAGAUAAGAGGAGAAAAAUCUCCAGGGGAAGACUGUUUGAAGGUCAGGAGCUGUAAUUUGUACUGAAAAACUGUAUAUUUGUCACUAGUUCAUACUGAAUUUUAACAAAACAUUUGUGAUUAAUACUAUUUCUUGAAAAUGUGUCACAAAGUGUAUAUCUUGGUAGGUUUUUAACAAAAAAUUGUUACACUAAUAAUGGUCAGACGACAAGGGUUUUAGUCACAUUUACUUAAUAGGCCUACAUGAGCUGUAAAAUUUUGUAAAAUAUUGUAAAUAUGACUGGUUUCUUGGGGGGGCGGGGCUCAGCUUAUGUUUGUGAGUGGGAGGUGGGAGGCUAAUACGCUUCUUUCAUGAAUUGGUAUGUGUCGGAAAGCUUGAUUGUUACGUAUCAUAGUUUCAUGGAGGAUGUCAAUAACUUGUCAGUGAAUAUUAGACCAGCCACAUACUGGGUUCCUCUGCAUUUAAAAAACGCCUCAGAGUUGAAACAAGUUCAGGGGGAAGGAGGCUGAGUCUGGAACAAUACUUUACUUUUGGGGAUACAUGGCUGUGAGUAAAAAAAAAAAAAAAAACAUGCUGUUUUCUUACUUUGUCAUAUUGUUGUUUGAACUGUGAUUUUCAAUAUGCUAUGAUUGUUUGUGAAGGAAAAUUAAGGAGUCGCGUGCAGCAGCAGUCAUGCACAGUUAACCCUGUUGUGACUGAUCUGCUCUGCCGGUUGCGUUGAUGUUUGCGUGAGCGUGUCAUGUGGUUUUCUACACAUUGGUUUCCAAUGUGCCAUGUGCUGGGGGGCGGGGGGGGGGGGUCUGUACCUCAGUUGCAAAUGUGAAAUUUUAAUAUGACUUUUUUUAUCAUUACAUUAACAUCUAUGUCAAAGUGAGGAUUGUUAAGGUGACUUUUCCAACAAGAAAGGUGAGGGGGGUCUUAUUAACUCUUGUUUACCUGUCACCCCCCCCCCCCCCCCUCUCCCCACAAUCCGUCACUACAUAUCCACUGGAGGUCACAGACUGUAGCAAUGUGACAGCUAUUUUUAGACCAAAACAAUUAUGUUCAGAGCUACUAGGACGUUGCACUGGCCAAUCACGAUACAUGUGUUUUCCUUCGAAUGUUAGCUUAAGAACAAAGCACUCUUCAUCUACAAAUACCAGGUUUUACAUUUUUAUACACUUGCUCACACUGCUGUGGCCUACCUCGGUAGGUCAUAAUUUGAUGCUGUUUUCACUGAAAAAUAACAAUCUUGUCAACACUGUAACAUUUUCUGAUUUUCUUUUUCCUGUCAUGUUUAUUCUUUUGAAAAAAAACUUUUUAAAAUUCCUAAUAAAUUAUUUUAAAACAUUCCA